CGCAAGCCUCCAUCUUGGGCUUCCCGUGCUGAGGCGAAAGGGCAGUCGCCAUAUACACACUGAUUCCAAAAUAACAACAAACCGGGCGCGGAUAACAGAAUGGGAAAGAGAGCGACUGGUCUGGAAGGCUCUGUUAACGACUGUUUGCUGUCAGCUUUACUUGCUCCAGUUUACUAAGGAAUUGACAGAUGACAAAUCCACACGGCUCAUCGUUCACCAGUAUGGGCAUUAAGACGCUCGCCAUCUUCCUCCUGGUGCUCUCUCUAUGUCUAGAGGGAGGAUAUGCCAAAGAAAAAGGAGCGAAGAAGGGAAAGAAAAAGGGGAAGCAAGUUUUUUGUCCAUCAGAGCUGUCACCUGAGGAUCUGGCACGAGUUCCUGAAAAUACAACCAGUAACAUCUUGAACAGGUUACUGAUCACCUAUGAUCCCAGAAUACGGCCCAACUUCAAAGGAAUUCCAGUGGAGGACAGAGUGAACAUCUUCAUCAACAGUUUUGGCUCCAUCCAAGAAACGACCAUGGAUUACAGAGUCAACAUCUUCCUGCGGCAGCGCUGGAACGACCCCAGACUGAAGCUACCUCAGGACUUCAAGGCUGAUUCCCUCACCGUUGAUCCCACAAUGUUCAAAUGUCUGUGGAAACCUGACCUGUUCUUCGCUAACGAGAAGAGCGCCAACUUCCACGACGUUACCCAGGAGAACCUUCUCCUUUUCAUUUUCCGUAACGGAGACGUCCUCAUCAGUAUGAGGUUGUCUGUCACCCUUUCCUGUCCGCUGGAUCUGACUUUGUUCCCUAUGGACACACAGAGGUGUAAGAUGCAACUUGAAAGCUUUGGCUACACCACAGAUGAUCUGCAGUUUAUGUGGCAGACAGGAGACCCGGUGCAGAUGGACGCCAUCGCUCUGCCACAGUUUGACAUCAGACAAGAAGAUAUUGACUAUGGGAACUGCACUAAAUUCUACGCAGGAACAGGGUACUACACUUGUGUGGAGGUUAUCUUCACCCUUCGGCGACAGGUUGGCUUCUACAUGAUGGGUGUUUACGCCCCCACGCUGCUCAUCGUAGUCCUCUCCUGGCUGUCCUUCUGGAUCAACCCUGAUGCGAGCGCUGCCAGGGUGCCUUUGGGCAUCCUCUCGGUGCUCUCUCUGUCCUCCGAGUGCACCUCCCUGGCUUCUGAGCUGCCCAAAGUGUCCUACGUCAAGGCCAUCGACAUCUGGCUCAUCGCUUGCCUGCUGUUUGGUUUCGCCUCGCUGGUGGAGUAUGCCGUGGUUCAAGUGAUGCUUAACAGCCCGAAGCGCAUCGAAGCUGAGAAGGCCAAGAUGGCGGCGAAGGAUAAGGCACUGGGAAAGAGCCCCACUGCCAAGAACAACACGGUCAACGGGACCGGAGGGACGCCGCUGCAUGUCAGCACCUUGCAAGUGGCAGAGACUCGCUGUAAGAAGGUGUGCACUUCCAAAUCAGAUCUGCGGACCAACGACUUCAGCAUCGUGGGCUCGCUCCCGCGGGACUUUGAGCUGUCAAACUUUGACUGCUACGGGAAGCCCAUCGAUAUCGCCACUGCUCUCGCCAAAAGCCAGGCCAAGUCCAACAAGAAACCUCCUCCCCCAAAACCAGUCAUCCCCUCUGCUGCCAAGAGGGUUGACCUGUACGCCCGAGCCCUCUUCCCUUUCUCCUUCCUCUUCUUUAAUGUAGUCUACUGGUCGGUAUACUUGUGAAUAUUUCCAACCUACGCUAUAUAGACAAAAGUGUUGGGGCACCUACACGUUAUACCUACAGGAGCUUUUAUGGUGUCCCUUUCCAAAUUCUUAGGCAUUAAUACGAAGUUGGUCCCCCCUUUUCAGCUAUAACAGCUUCCUCUCUUCUGGGAAGGCUUUCUACAAGAUUCUGGAGUGCGCCUGUGGGAAUUUUUGCCCAUUUAUCCAGAAGAGCAUUUGUGAGGUCAGACACUGAUGUAGGAUAAGAAGGUCUGGCUCUCAAUCUCCGUUCUAGUUCAUCCAAAAGGUGUUCAAUGGGGUUGAGGUCAGGGCUCUGAGCGGGCCAGUCAAGUUCUUCCUCACCAACCUCAUCCAACCAUGCCCUUAUGGACCUUGCUUUGUGCACUGGGGCACAGUCAUACUGGAACAGAAAAGGGCCUUCCCUAAACUGUUUCCAUAAAGUUGGAUGCAUAGAAUUGUCCAAAAUGACUUGAUAAGAUGAAGCAUUAAGAAUCCUCUUCACUGGAUCUAAGGGGCCCAGGCCAACCCCACGAAAAACAACCCCAUAGCAUUAUCCCUCCUCCACCAAACUUUACAGUUGGCACAAUGCAGUCAGGCAUGUAACGUUCUCCUGGCAUUCACCAAACCCAGACUGCCACAUAGAGAAGCGUAAUUCGUCACUCCACAGAUAACAUUUCCGCUGCUCCAGAGUCCAUUGGCGGCGUGCUUUACAUCACUCCAUCCAACACUUGGCAUUGUGCUUGGUGAUGUAAGCAGCUGCUCGCCCAUGAAAACUCAUACCAUGAAGUUCCUGGCGCACAGUUUUGGUGCUGAUAAUGCCAGAGCUGGUUUGGAAUUGGAACUCUGCAGUUAUUGAGUCAGCAGAGCUUUGGCCAUGUGUACGCACUAUGCACCUCAGCACUCAGUGACCCCACUCUGUAACUUUACGUUGUCUGUAACUUUGUGGCUGAGUUGCUGUUAAUACCACUUAUAGUUGAUUGUGGAAUAUCUAGGAGAGUAGAAAUGUCACAAACUGACUUGUUGUAACGGUGGCAUCCUAUUACAGGACCACGUUCGAAUUCAAUGAGCUCCUUAGAACGACCCAUUCCUUCACAAAUGUUUGUAAAGGCAGACUACAUGGCUAGGUGCUUGAUUUCAUACACCUGUAGCCAUGAGACUGAAUGAAAUACCGGAAUUCACUGAUUUAGAGGAGUGUCCCAAUGCGUUUGUCUAUAUGGUGUAUCUUGUAUUAUCCACCCCCCUUUCACGAUCUGAUUACAUUCAAAGAGUUUUAUUCCAAAGUGAACAUUGAGUGCGUUUACACAUUACCCAGCUUUUCAGUUUUUUUCUAUUGUAUUCAGGAUAUGGGAUUUACAAAGAACAUAAAAAACCUGCCUAUUCGUAUCCCUGUAUACAUCUUUAGAGUAUCCAGGUUUCUGAUCCUCUGCCAGCAGGUGUUCUCACCUCACCCACUAUGGUCUGUACUAUGAAACAAUCUUUUACAAUGUGGAUACAGUGUUAAAAAGCUUAGGUAUAUUCGGUUUCUAUCUGAGUAAUCCAGCUAGCAUAUCCAGGUUUCUGAAACCGGGAUAUGACGUUUACAUGCUCAACAGAUAACAGGGAAACUCCACGUCACAACCAGGAUGCGCAUGAUGUAAACGCACUCAGACAAAUGUGAAUAUUAACCAUAAAAAAUAUAUAUCUACAACAAAAAAACUUUUCUGUAUUAUUAGUACAUUUAUAUUUACAUAAAAUAGAUGACUAUCAGUGUUUGUGUAUAAAACAAUCUUUCUCUACCUAAAAUGAGGCAUCUUGUAUUGGAAACUUUAUUUAUUGAUGAUGGUAAUUGAAAGGCUAAUACAGGAUUGUAGAUAUAACUGAUGUGAAAUCCAAAAAGAUUGAUUGCUUAAGAACUAGGCAGAAUAUGCACAGAUCUAUAAAAGAGCAUUUGUAAAUAGCUAUUUAAUUUUUUCACCUUUGCCAAGCGGGAGUCGGCCCGCACGUUUAAUAAGUUACUAGAUUUUAUUCAAGCUUCAAUUCAAAUGAUUACACUGUAAUUACAUUGCAUGUUUAAAAGAAACGCAUGUAUAUGAAGAGAAAAUCUAAAUAUAUAGAGAGAAAGUAUUUAUUGAAUUUUAUUAUCCCCGUUAUGAUUUGCUCUUAAGAUAAAUGGAUAUGUAAAACACUGUUCCUGUUCAGAUGGUUAUGUGACACUGCCACCUUUCCAACAAAUGUAAUGUUUGACUUCCCUCACCUGUAGCGUGUGUAAAUGGGUCACCAGUGAGCUGUGACCAUGUGUUUUGUGAAAUUUACACGCAGAGAAAAAUAAAUGAUCAAAUGCAUUUUCACCAUUUCCUGUGAUUAAAAACAUAACACAAUUGAAUCCUCGUUAACAUGAUUUUCUUUGUGACUUAUUACUAAAAGAGACACACCUACUGACAAUGGACGACCUAUUGCACCACCCUCAUGGCCAACAUUUAAAUGUGUAUUACAUUUGAGUGUUGAGAAGCUCAAUGGACAUACAGAACAUGCAGUGGUUCAGAC